ACGACUUGAAAUUCAUUUUGAAUUAUUUUUAAGCAAUUGUUUAUUUUUUUCUCCUCUUGGAUUUCGGUUCUGAGGAUUCCGACGCUUUGCAUUGGAGCGCUGUAGCUUCGUUGCGCUGUUGUGGGGUUCGAAGAGAUAGACGAUGUUUCCUCAUGAACUUGGUUGAAUUCGUGCUGGAGGUUGUUGGCUUCCGUAAAAUUAAACGCCAUGCACCGUAAAUCUUUGAGAGUACCUUAGAAAGCUUUGUCCAGCGCUCUGCAAUGGUUCGCCAGAUCCUCUGAACCGCCCUAGGUGCUCGCUGGCACAUCCCAGCAGAAGUAGAAAUAUCAAUAAAAGAAGAUCCAGAUCAUAAAUCACUUACUGAUAUGAGCCUCUUUCUCAGAGCUGAUUCAGAAAUACCGAGGACUACCGCAAUCCGACGCUUCAAGACUCUCUCCCGAAGCUUCUGUCGGGCCAAUUCGAGCAUUCCUGGAGUGUAUUUCUUCAAAUUAGUUCUCUUCUUGUGGGUCCCAUUCAAAAUUUGUUCAAAAAAUUUUUUAAUUUAUAUUAUUAUUUAAUUUAAUUUUUUUUAUUUUUUAUUUUUUGUCCCAGGAAUUUUUCAACUAAUCGAGUUUUUCAAAAAAGCUCUCGAACUUUUUCACAAAAAAAAUAUGCACUAUUAUCUACUAUAGAAUAAAGGUUUCCUUGACAAUGUAGUUUCGAACUUUCCAGUUAUUUUAGGUAAGUAAAUCGUCAUCCCCAAAAUAGAUCAAAAAUAAAAUAGAUCAAAAUAACGCAAAACUUUUUGCCACUUUCAUGGAAUGUAUCAUUGUUGUAUGUGUGAGCAGCUGGUUUAAUAAUGUGUCAAACGAAUACACUGUUGCCGAAUUUUCAUACUCGUUUAUUUCAAUAAGGCCAGUGCGCACUUUUGCCCCGUGCGCACCUUUGCUCCGGCAGUACUCUACGCCUAAAACAGCUACUGUGUUAUAAACAACAACAUUAUCGUCAGAUGAAAAUGUACAUGAAUAAAUUCGGCUCUGUUACAGCUGAAUUGCUAAAUGAGCCUGAUAAAAUAAACAGAUGGGAUAAAAACAUAAAAAACGCUAUCCAGCAUCGAAGACAGAGAAGUGCAUGAAUACUACCGCUCCGAAGUAGUUGCCUCAAUGCGGUCCUGGGGGGAUUCAAGCAAUCCAGGAGUAGAUGAUUCAAUUUUAGUGGGUGAUCAAACCACGUCUGGUUUACCCGUCUCAGAUAAGGGUGACAGAACUUUCCUGAACUCUUUAAGAAACACCCACGAACACACGCACGCAUCACAUUCAAUACCUCAGAGCAAGGAAACCCAAAUCUGUUGCAAUCAUCAACAUUUUCCAUACACUGUUUCUGGAUGAGGCCAUGUACAGCUACAACUUCUCUGGUAUCUGCAAUCGUGGCAAGGGAAGGAAAGCGAUGCAAAACUAUACAAUUUUCAUGGAUUGUAUGUUGGAAGCAUGGGGUGAUCAUGGUAUUGACAGAACCUCUCUGAAGGAUAGUCUCAAUCAAGUAAUCAAAAAUAUAAACGGACGCAAGAGGAACCGUAAAUAUUUUGCAAAACGAAAAUUGAAGGAUAAGAUUGACGAACCUAAACGUAUGAUCGAUUGAAAACCAACGAGACCAACUACAUCACGAAUAAAGAAUUGUGCUUUCGAAUAAUUAAACCGUGUUUCAUUUCACCUAUGACAGUGUGAACUUUGCAACACUACCAGUUCUAAGGCAGACAAAACAUUAACAAAAAUUUUCAUUCAAUCCAAAUAGUGGCGCGCAAUCUGAUGGAACCCACCAUCAAAAUCGAAGAGGACAGCGUCGAAUUCGAUGAGUUUGCUUUCUUCUCGGUGCAACAACGCAACGCAAGGACCGAAUGCGGUACCAGCAACAGUAAAUCGUCUGUCGCAAGUCGUCGGUCGAGACGUUCGACGACAAAGCUACAGAUCGCCGAUCUGUUUCACAUUUCCAACGUCUGCACCCAAAGUCGGAACCUGCUGAAGCAACCUUUCCCCGUUCAGUCGGUGAACGAGUUGAAUGAACUCGAUACGCUGCUGCUGGGAAAUCCUAACUUCAUGGACAAAUGCGCACAAUCUCUCCACAACGCUGUUCGAAACGAAACACUCGAAAACGUAACCGGUCACAUGAGACUGCUACUGGAGUUUGCAGUGGACUACUCGGUGCUGCUGAAAUACAGCUGGUAUGGAUUUCUGCCAAGAUCACCGAUUGCCCGAGGAAUGGGCGAACAGCAACCGUUCCGGAACCUGAUAGGUGUCAUACACCUGCUGCAUCGGGCCCGGCGGCUCCGUUUUGGCAAAUGCAGCCUAGAGGAGAUUCACGAGGGGAUUGAGAAGUUCCUAAAACGGAAACUGCGCUGCCACGCGCUGUUCGUGAAGAAGCAAGCCUACGUCAUCCAGAGCAUUGGGUAGAAAACAGGUGCCAAAGAAAGGAAAAGGUUCUAGUCACAAUGGAAACCGUAAUGCACACUAUAAAGAAUAAAAUUUGGUUUUUACGGCAGUAUUAUACUCAUACGAUGAACUAAGAUCUAGAAGUUUGUCCAAAAAAAAAACAAUAUUAUAGAUUAUAUUAGAGAUAUCGCAACUUGCGCAAUGUGCUUGAGAAGCGCACAAUUAUUUAGUCAAAACUAAACCAAAGUUGAAGUGAAGAAUUAGAGGCCAAAGUUUUAGUUUAGGACAAACCUUACAAGUCGUAGUGUUUAUCAAUUGUCGUUUUGGAAAAGAUAGCAAAAACUUUGCUGUAAAUAACUCAACUCAUAGAAAUGGGAAUGAUGAUUUAUUUAUUUAUUGUAUUUUGAAAGGACAACAAAAACUGAAACCUAUUUCAUCAGAAUUCGAUUUAUAUUUCGUUCGUGAAACACUCAAGGUGCGAAAAAUCAGUUAUACUACUAAAAUAAGUGAGUUAGAAUUAUCAGCAUCCAUGAUAAUUUAAUCCAAUUACUAAUGCUAAUACUCUGAACACUCGAAAUAUGAACUCUCUUCUAAUGUGCCAUAUGUUUAGCCAUCCGCGUCGAUGCAACCAGUGAGUGUUUUUUUCUUGUGAUUUGAUAUAAAAACGUUUGGUGA